AUGGUGAGGAGCGAGCUGACUGUGAAUUCGAUCGAUUCCGGCUGUGAUGGAGGCGAUGAGUGUAGUACGAACAGUCGAAGUAGUGGGAAAAAGGAGUCGGCAAGUAAUCGAACACCAUGGAAGUCGGUAAUUUUGAUGGGAGUUGUGGCCAUGUUCACUUCGUUGCAGUAUAGCACAUAUUUGGGGUCAAUGUGGCCACAUUUGAAACAGGUAAGGGGGAUUGGUGUCAUGGAUAAUAUAACGGAACUGCCAUAUCUCAACUUUACUCUGCAAAAACAUCGUCUUUGUGCUAUAUUCUCUCUAAGUUAUCAAUUUUAAGGUGGAAAAUCGUAUUUUCAGCGGUUGGAACAGAAUGCCAAGAAUGGCGGGAAAUUUGAAAAUUUGAAUUUUUGAGAUUAUCCAAAUGGUAGGGAAAGGUCUGAAAAACGAAUGUGAUGCUCUUUCCCCCCUAAAAACAUUCUCAAUAGCCAUUAAUUUUUUAUUAGUCCUUUUUUUAAAAGAUUGUCGGUGCAACCGUCAAAUGAUCAUGUAUAAUAUAGUUUCUUAUCAGAAUUUUGGAUUUUUUAAUCAAAAAUGCAUUUUUUAAAAAUAGAUUAGAACCAAAACGCAUUUCACUCAAUAAAAAUUCCUAUUCGGUCCCAUAUAACAGAAUGCCAAGAUUGGCGGGAAACGAAAAUUUUGAAUUUUAACUUGCGCAAAAUCUGACCUACGUUUGAAAAACGGAUUCUAAACAAUUUUCUUCUGUCAUUUUUUAUGUUCCUGUUAUCAUUUCAACUCCAUUUUCAGCUGGACCCAUCCAUUGAUGAGGCGUUUUUCGGAACUGCGGCCUCAUUUUAUCCACUGGGGCAGAUUUUGUUCUCCCCCGUGUUCGGAUGGUGGAGUAACCACAUCAAGAGUAUAAAAAUCCCACUGAUUGUGGCCAUGUCGGUUGAAUGUUUGGGAAAUGUGGUCUACAUCUUUAUGCAGACAUCUCCAAGCGCGGCUAAAUGGAUGUUCAUGGGGGCCAGAUUUAUUUGUGGGAUUGGGACAAGUAGGUGCUCCAAUUUAUCAUGCAUUAUUCUUCUCUUGAAAUAAUUUAUUAUUUGGUGCAAAAAACAGUCUUGCAUUGUGUAGAUUGCCUGUUAUUUUUUUGCACUGUGCAGGUUGUCUGUUUGCACUGCGCUGAUGCUAUGAUGCUAAUAUGGCUUUCUAGUCCAGGUAAUGUGGGUCUCAUGAAAGCCUACGCUUCCACAGCGAGUACGGAUCAAGACCGAGCGGCCGCCAUAGCCACCGUAAUGGGAUUUUUCGCCAUUGGGCUUAUCGUUGGUCCUUGUAAGUAAAUGUUUUAUAAAUUUUUCUUUGACCCGCUGAAUCUUCUCUGUUUUUCCCCGAUUAAAAAAUAUUUUUCAGUAGUCCAGCUGGUCCUAACCCCAGUUGGAGAGAGCGGGCUUCAAAUUUCGACGAACUUUGACCUGAAUAUGUACACCUUGCCGGCCUUUGUCUCCUGCAUAAUUAACAUCACUGCAAUCGUAUUGCUCUUUGAUAUGUUCGAAGAGAAAUAUGGUGGAUUGGCUGAGAAAGUGAGUUAAUUAAGACUCAUUGUUAGCAUAGAUUGCCUCCUCGUAUUUUACAGAGAUCUUCGGAAGAAUCGACUGAAGAGCUUCCGCCAUUCGAUAAAUUGGGGCUUUUCGUUUGUUUUGUAGCAAAUUUCGCACAGAUGUUCAUGUUUGGGACGAUUGAAACGUAAGUUGCCCCAUUAAUUUGAUUCUUAAAUCGCAUUUUACAAUUAAGGGUAAAAGAAAAUUUGAGAUUUUUUGAGAAAAAUUGUUUUAGUCAUCAUGGAUAAUAUGUAAAAUUUUGUUGUUAAAAUCAAUCUGCAAAGUUUUGCAGCGUAUUUUAAGAAACAUAAAAGGUUAUUCUACACCGAACCUAACCAUUUUUCUGUUAAAAUUUCCUUUUAUGUGACUCUUGAAACAGAAUGCCAAAAAUGGCGGGAAAUCUGAUUUCAAAAAUUUCAAAGCCGAAAUUAGAUUCUGAUGGACCACAUUAGAUGGUUUAGUAUUAAUAAAACAACAGUUGUCCUCCUCCGUAUUUUACAAUCGUUUUGCACCGAUACCAGCACCUGAAACAGAAUGCCAAAAAUGGCCAAAAAUUGGCGGGAAACACGAAUUUUGAUUUUUUCUUUGAUCUUCCAUAAAAACUAGAACACGUAUUGUAUUAUACAAAAGAAAUCUUUUACUCUAUACGACAAAAAAGUAAUUUUUUGUAAUGUUUUCAGCCUAAGCACCCCAAUCGCGAUGACUUUGUUCGCUCUGUCCCGGAAAGAAGCCGUUCAAGUGGUCUCCAUCGUACAUGGAAUAAAAUCCGCCUUCGACUUGGCCAUGAAUGGAGCUUUUGCCGUAUUCAAUGUCGGGAAAUGGUAUGAUAUAUCAAUUUAUUUUGCGCGAACUUUCUAUUCAUUUCAGGGUAAAUCAGCGGCUGGCUUGUUUGAUCGGUUUUAUUGGAAUGGGAUUAUUUUAUGUCAUAACGUUCCCAUAUCCAUUUAUACCAGGGAAUCUGAAGACUUAUCGGAAAUCAGGUGGGAUUUGAAGGAUUAAAAAAAUUGGGUCGGCGUUUAAGGAGAGUAUACAAUUUAUAUUAUACUAGAGAAAAAAACAUAAUUUUUGAACGGAGGAAAGAGUUUGUCGGAUUUGUGAGGCCAUAUUUGGAUAAGUCAUGGCAUACUUUUCCAACAAAUUGUAAGCUGGCACAAGAUCUAGCUAAAAUUUAUAUUACACAUGUUGACCAAUGUCAAAACUGUCCUAAAUAAACAGAAAUAAAACCUUUUUGAGAAAUUGAGAUUUGAUAAGUCGUACUAUGACCUAUCGUUUAUUUUGCAGUGCAAUUCAAUGUAUGAACUCAUCAAAAAAUUUUUAUAUUACACUAGGUCAUCACGAUCAAGAAAGGUCUCCAAAAUUUUUUAAACUCGAUUUGACUAUAAUCUUCAGUCACUACAGGAAAGACAGCUCCUUGUUGCUCUAUUUAACCCAAGUCCGGCUUAAUCUCACUCAAAAGUCACCUUACACAAACCAUUCUUUCAGCCUACCUCAACUCCACAAUUGAACCAGUUGGUUGCGAUGUGGAGUCGCUGCAUUGGUGCGAAUACACGCAUCCAGUCAAUUUCUGGCUCUACUACAUUUCCUUUGUCAUCUUCAUUGGUUGGUGUUUCUCGCUGGUCAGCAUUGCCAUGUUCACCGUCUUCUCCCAGCUGAUUGGUCCUCGGAGGCAGAGUACGCAUCAUGGAUUUAUGCAGAUGACCGGGUCCACCGGCCGUAUGGUCGGUCCCUCUUCCAUCAGCUACAUGUACAAGUACCAGGGGAUUUAUCAGGCGUGGGUUUUGGAUAUGGGCGUCAUGUUCGGGACGGCCGUUCUUUGGGCCGCGACUUACAAACGACUAAAACCCUUGAUUUCCAAAGCAGAUUGA